AUGUCAACGACCAACGGGUCAACGCCUAGCGGCGCGGCAGCGAAGAAGUCCAACGGGAAGCGGGAGAUCAAGAUUCUUAUGCUCCACGGAUACACCCAAUCGGGCCCCCUCUUCCGCUCCAAGACCCGCGCCCUCGAGAAACUCAUCACCAAGUCCCUGGGCCCCUUCAACCUCGUUCCCUUCCUCUUCUACCCUACGGGUCCGAACAGGCUCUCCCCGCGCGACAUCCCCGGCUUCGUCCCGGAUGAGGAGGGCGGCGGGGAGGACCAGGACAUCGACUCCUGGGCCUGGUGGCGCAAGGACGAAGCCUCAGGCUCUUACCGUUUCCUUGCCGAGGGCAUCAACACUGUUGCCAAUGCAGUGCGCGAGGCCGGCGGCGGCGGCGUCGACGGCGUGCUAGGCUUCAGCCAGGGUGGCGCCUUCGCCUCGCUGCUGGCCGCCAUGCUUGAGACGCCGCACCGCCCCGACGACAAGAUCCCCGAGAUCCUGCGGGCGCCCGUGCAUGCCCUCAGGGAGGCCAACGGCGGGCGGCCGCUCAAGUUCGCCGUCAUCUACUCGGGCUUCUACGCGCCCCCCGAGGAGCUGCAAUGGGCUUACGACCCCAAAAUCAAGACACCUACGCUGCACUUCCACGGCAGCCUCGACACCGUGGUGGAGGAGUCGCGGAGCCAAGGGCUGGUGGAUCGCUGUGAGAACCCCAUGGUCGUUGUGCAUCCUGGGGGCCACUAUGUGCCCAUCUCCAAGGAGUGGGCUAUGCCACUGAUUGGCUUCAUUAAAAAGAUUGCCGACGAGGAAUCGGCCAAGAGCAACAUGUAG